AUAAUAUAUGUGUAACAAAAAAAAAAACUUAUCAUAAUAUAUGAUGAUAGCACAACAUACAUAACAUACGUUUCUUAUAUUUAUUUCACCUUCGUUUUCACUUUCUCUCUCCUCUCCUUCUCUCUCUCUAACUGAAGGAGCAGCAGCGGCGGCGCCACCUCCAUCUCUGCUAUGCGACCGCAACCCUUUUACACCGGGAGGAGCUGAAUCGCAUCAACCAACUCUGAUCUUCUCUUUUCACAAACUUUUCUUUUCAAUUUCGCUUCUAGUUAUAACUCAAUUCACUUUAGAACAUUUAAAAUGCCUAAGGAGAGAAAAGAUAGGUCUUUGUCACAUGAUAGUUGCAGAGCAUCACCUUAUCCAAGUAGCUCUAGUCGCGUCAAAAGAUCCAAUUCUAAAACUCCUAAAGAGUCUGAAGAAAAUAUAAAAGAAUGGGAAGAUGCUAGGUGUCCAGUCUGCAUGGAGCACCCUCACAAUGCAGUUCUCCUCAUAUGUUCAUCCCAUGAGAAGGGAUGCCGCCCAUACAUGUGCAACACUAGCUAUCGCCACUCAAACUGUCUGGAUCAGUUCUGUAAGUCAUUUACAGAACCUUCGCCACCAACCAUUCCUCCGGUGGAAGGUGAAAUUUCAAACUCUGACUCACCACAAGACCAAAGCACUGAAGCAAAUAUCGUCGAUGUGCAAGAAGAAACUAUCGUCGAUGUGCAAGAAGAAACUAGUGAAGGAUUUGUUACAAUGCAAUCCUUGUCCUGUGAAGACGAGACAAAAUCAAAGCUAGUAUGCCCUCUGUGUAGAGGUCACAUAAAAGAGUGGAAGGUAGUGGAGGGGGCUCGUCAUUUCAUGAAUGAAAAAUCCAGGAGCUGUUCUUGUGAGAGUUGCAACUUCACUGGUACAUAUACAGAUCUCAGAAAGCAUGCAAGAGUUGAACAUCCUACCGAGCGCCCAUCUGCUGUAGACCCAGAGCGUCAGCGUAACUGGAGGAGGUUGGAGCGACAGAGGGAUCUUGGUGAUCUGCUUAGCACACUUCAAAAUUCCUUUGGGGAAAAUAGGGUUGAUGAUGGCCUCGGGCUCACUCCCAUAGAUGAUGGUGGUUUGCUGGCCGUAUUCUUCCUCAUUCUUCAACCUUCAUCUGUAUCUAGAGGUACCACAGGAACUAGACUCCAAAUGAGAAUUAGGAGACCCUCUAGACUCUGGGGGCAAAACUAUGAGGCAGAAUCUGGAUCUGCUGCUAGAGAUGAUACAGCAAAUGAGUCUUCAGAUGGAGGCUCUGAUAAUAGAAGGCGCCGUGUUAGGAGACGGGUUCAAACACCAGACAGACAGCCAUAACUUGGAAAACCAGAUUUGUCAAUUUGAACUGCUGCUGAUGUUCCCAAGUAACAGGCGGCGGAACAAGAGAAAGAUGGGAGUUUCUGGCUCGGAUCUUCGAAUCUGCUCUAUCAAGUUUGGAACAGUUAUUGCUGAUUGUCAAAGAAUGAGAAGGAUGUUAUUAAUUGAGCAUCCCAUAAUCUAUUUAUUUAUCAUUUUUAGCCUUCCUGCAUCUUUGGUGCAAUUUCUCCAGAAUUCCGAACAAUUGAGUUUGAAAUAAAUUAUUUACUGUUUGUUUCUUUUCUUCUCUACAAUCUAUUUGCAAUGCAAGGCAAAGAAAGAAAAAAAAACACCUGGUGAUGUGAAUUAUUGACUUGCCUUUUUACAGUGUAGAAAUAAUUUUAUAGUAAUUUGAAGGAUUUUUUUCAGACUA